UGAGGUUAGCUGUGGCUUGUGUCUGUCUCUCUGAUCUUCCAGCAUUCACCCCAAAAUCUGGCCCUGGGUUUGUUUCUAUUAAUAAGACCUUUUAGGAUUCAUGUUACACAGUAUAACAUCAGUUAACUCUACAGUGCCCUGCUGGCUUUACAUACAUAUAUUACACCUUUAAGCUAUAAUGAAUCCAGAUAAAAAUGAAAUAAAAUUAAAAGUUACUUACAGGGUAUAUGGUGUCAUAAGAAUGUUUAUUUAGAUUUAUUAUUAACACUCAGGCAAUUAAUUACUGUCCUAGGCUGUGGUCAUCUCGAAUUCAAUUCCCCUUUGUUGCCAGCCCAAGACUUAUUACAGAAGGCACAAGGAUUCAACGCUUUUAACAUCCUUUAACGUGCAUUCUGCAUUAUGCUCAAACUCUUUAUGUUGGUGAUUCAUUUGGAAAUAUUAGGGGGCAUUUGUAGGUGUAAGGGAUAUCAAUGUCUCUUAGACAUUCAGAUGCAAAAUACUCAUCUAACCUUAAAGAGUUAAAAAGGGGGGUUACAUGGGGAGACAGAGCAACCAGGGACAUUCUCAGAGGCCAUGAGGACUAAGGGAGGGAUGGUAGGUCUGUUGUAUGGAGCUAAUACAUGGAGCUAAGAAGUGAGGGGUUUGUUUGCCACAGGAACCUUUAGGGACAGGGUGGAAGCCUGGCUUUACUGUUGGUCUUACAGCUAGCUGCUUCUGGAAAACUCAGUGGAAUCCUGCCUUCUCCCUGGGGAUGGGGGCAGGAGGAUGAGCUUUGGGCAGGGUGGGAAUCAUCCUUGUCAGGAGAGGAGGGGUACAGAGUGAGUCAGAGAGCUUGAGAAAUGGUAAAUGGAGAGGAAAGAAAUAAGGAGAAGAGAGCUUGGAAAAUUCUUGUGGGAGUGAAGAGAGAGGGAUGCUUAAACUGAAGACUAAGUGAGACUAGCAAUUUUGUAACACGUGCCCCUGGCUGACCUAAGUGGUGUGGUCACAGACUGGGGAGGCUUCAUUGUCAGCUUGGGGGCACAUGAGUAUUGGGGUGCACUGACCACUACAGUGAAGUCAGGAAGCUGCUACAGGAAGGAACUGGAAGCUCUUUAUCCCAGAGCUGGGUGACUGGCCUUCUGGGGAGGGGGUGGAGUGUCUCAGCUCGGGAAGGAUGCAAGCAGUCUCUAACACAGUGGGGGUGGGCCUUUUAGUGUCCACUGCACUCAAGACACACAGAGAGUUGGUGUGCACCUCAUGGGCAGCACAGGUGUGUGGGUUUAUGCAGGUCCGUUGAUUGAAGACUCGGGGGCACCUUAAGAAUGAAUCUAGUCUUUUGUGGCUGCAGGGGUAUCAGUCUCUAAGAACUGAAACCUUCUCCCUUCACCUAGGGCAUUUUUAUUUUUCUCCAUGUUUACACAUUAGCCAGUUGAUUUCCAUAUGUUCAAAACAACCUGAAAGAAGCUUCCAAAAAUACAAUGCCAAGUGCAAAUUUCUCAGUUUAUCAGGUACCACAGUUUUUCUAGGUUUCCUGAACCAAGUUUUUCAUAGGCUUUGUAUUCUUUGAAGAUUAUCAGACAAGAUUUUUAUAGGGCCAAAAGAAACAACAAGUAUCUGCCAAACAAAAGACGAAUUAUGGCCUGGGAGCCAGCUCUGCCAGGUAUAGCUCAGCAGGAAUGCUUCCACAACAUGCAGCUGCUCUGGUGGGGGCAGAAUCUAAGACUUCUAGAUUCCUGUCCAAAAUGUCAUGAAAGGACUACUUUCUACAUAUUACAGAGUGCAAAAGACACUCUGUAAGAAAUUGCAUCACACUUUCCACAUGGAACAGGACCGGACUUGCCAGGACUCCUCAGGAACUCUCAGCAUCCACUGCUUCCUAAGCCUGCCCCAGCUGCCCUUUCUCCCAGAGAGCCUCAGCUUCAGGAGGCUCCUCCUGAACCUCCCUCCUUCACCUCCACUCAUCUAUAUAACACUCAAAGUUUCCAUGGGAGUCAGGCGGUGAUGAGCAAGAGGAAGACUGAGUCCGGCUCCAUCUUCAAGCAAUGAUAAAGCUGGGAAACUCCUGGCUUUUUGUUCAAGACAAGAUCACAAGACCAGUGGAGGUGGCACUGUUCCGAAAUGCCAUAAUCCUGGCCCAACUGCUGUUGCUGUGUCUUUUGGAGGUUCUGGUGUCCUGUGACGGAACCCAUACUCUGCACUAUAACCUCAUGGCCUUGUCUCUGGAGGGGACAAGGAAGUUUGAAUUCAGGGCCCAGGGAUACAUUGACAAUGAGCCCUUCCUGCGCUAUGAAGGCUACAGGAGAAGAGCAGAGCUCUGGGGGCCUAGGAUCAAGAGACAAGGAGGAGCUGAGAUCUGGACAAGAGAGACUAAGGACAUGCAGGAGAAGGAGGAGCAACUCAGGAGGAUGCUGACUGAGGUCAUGACCCAGAAGGGCCAGCAUGGAGGCAUUCACACCCUUCAGGCAACGUUUGGCUGUGAAACCCAAGGAAACAACACUGGAGGCUUCUGGCGCUUGGGCUAUGAUGGGCAAGACUUCCUCACCUUUGACCAGAAGAGCCAAACAUGGAAAGUGUCCAUGCCUUCAGCACUCUCAACCAAGACAUUCUGGGAGAAGCAUGGCCCCAGCACGGAUCAAGUUCAGACUUUUUUAAAUGACACAUGUCCUGACCGUCUCCAGAGAUACUCGAUUUAUUUGGGGAACCAAUUGAUGGAUACAGGUCCCCCGAUGGUAACAGUGUCCAGAAGGCCAUACCCAGUGGGCAGGAUCACCCUGACAUGCUGGGCUUUUAAUCUGUAUACUCCUGUGGCCACCUUGACCUGGCUUCAGGAUGGGAGGCCAGUACAGCAGCAUUCAUUUGGGCCUGGGACCAUCCUUCCCAGUGGAAAUGGGACCUUCCAGACCUGGGUGUCUAUUUGGGUUCUUCCUGGACAGGAACCACACUUCACCUGCCGCCUUAGGCACCGCAGCAAGAACAUUGAUGUCCCUACACUCCUUGGACCUCAAGCUGGGGAAAGUGGUGGAGCCACCAGCUCUGCUUCUGCUCGUGUGGCUUCUGCUUUUCUUUCCAUGUUGGUAUUUCUAGCCUGCGCCUAGAGCAGCAAGAACACACAGGACAGCAAGAGACCAGGGUGCAAAAGCCUCUCUGUAUGAAAUUGCAUCACACUUUCCAUAUGGAACAGGACUGAAUUUGCCAGGACUCCUCAGGAACUCUCAGCAUCCACAGCAUCCUAAACCUGCCCUAGCUGCCCUUGCUUCCAGCAGGAGACUUAGCUUCAGGAUCUCCUCCACCUCUACUCAUCUACAUAACACCCAAAGUUUCCAUGGAAGUCAGGUGGUUAUGAGCAAUAGAAAGGCUGAGUCUGGGCAUUUUUAAUUAAUAUAAGCCUACUGUGGGAUGGUCUGUAUGUCAAAUUACUCUGAUUGGUCAAUAAAUAAAACACUGAUUGGCCAGUGGCAAGGCAGGAAGUAUAG